UCUGCUCAAGUCCAGUAGAAGCCACACACAGCAGACUUGUGUUUCUGCCGAGGGCACCAGUUUUCCAUCAUCUAUUUUUUAUAGCACUGAUACUAAACCAAUUGCAGCAAAUGAAGGGUAUUAUUUCUGGCUGGGGUGCAUCACGAUGCUGAUUUGCACUUCCUUGCAAACAGGUUUUCUGUUGGUUUUUAUCCUUUACCAUGGGAGACUCGGUUCAACAAAAUAGCCAGAAUAGGACAGACUCAUAUACCAUUCUGAUCUGGGUGCAUUUCUUCAGAAGGAAUAUUGAAGACUUUAAUAACAAACCCUCCAAGGUCAAAAUGAAUACAGAUAGCGGUGGGUGUGCUCGCAAACGUGCUGCCAUGUCUGUCACAUUAACAUCUGUGAAGAGAGUUCAAAGUUCUCCAAACCUAUUGGCUGCAGGGCGUGAUUCUCAGUCACCAGACUCAGCUUGGAGAUCUUACAAUGAUCGAAAUCAAGAGACACUGAAUGGAGAUGCUACAUAUUCCUCUCUUGCAGCAAAAGGUUUUAGAAGCGUUCGACCAAACCUACAAGAAAAAAAAUCGCCACCUCAGAGCCAGAUAACAGUGAAUGGAAACUCUGGAGUUGCUGUGAGUCCAAUGAGUUACUAUCAAAGGCCGUUUUCCCCAUCCGCUUACUCUCUACCGGGUUCAUUCAAUUCCAGCCUUACCAUGCAUCAUGGCCGGUCACUUGACUCCACAGAGACAUAUCCUCAGCAUGUGCAGUCCCUGGACAGCUCAAUACCACUGUACAGAUCGUCAGAGGAAGAGAAGAGAGUGACGGUCAUCAAAGCCCCACAUUACCCAGGGAUUGGGCCUGUUGAUGAAUCUGGAAUCCCCACGGCCAUUAGAACGACAGUUGACAGACCGAAGGACUGGUAUAAGACAAUGUUUAAGCAAAUUCACAUGGUGCACAAGCCUGAUGAUGACACAGACAUGUAUAAUACUCCUUAUACCUAUAAUGCAGGCCUGUACAACUCACCCUAUAGUGCUCAGUCACAUCCUGCAGCGAAGACCCAGACCUACAGACCCCUGUCCAAAAGUCACUCUGACAACGGCCCAGAUGUCUUUAAGGAUGCCUCCUCCCCGGUCCCGCCCCCACAUGUUCCUCCUCCAGUUCCUCCACUUCAACCCAGAUAUCGGUCUUCAACGGAAAAGCAUGACUGGGAUCCUCCAGACAGAAAAGUGGACACAAGAAAAUUUCGUUCCGAGCCAAGGAGUAUUUUUGAAUAUGAACCUGGGAAGUCGUCAAUUCUACAGCAUGAAAGACCACCCCCUCUCCCACCAACUCCAACACCUGUUCCACGGGAACCUGGCCGGAAAACUUUUCCUACCUCACCCUGUGGAGAAGUAACUGGUAGCCCCUCCCCUCCGCCCCGGAGCAGCAUCCCCACACCAAGCCCUGGCACCCCGGCUCUCUCUCCCAUCUGGACUGAUCGCAUAAAUCCAGAUGACAUAGAUUUAGAAAAUGAGCCCUGGUAUAAAUUCUUUUCAGAACUGGAGUUUGGACGCCCGCCUCCUAAAAAGGCUCUGGACUAUGUUCAAGAUCAUUCUCCUGGUGUUUCCAAUGAGGCCUCCUUGUAUCAAUCCUCUAUAGACAGAAGCUUGGAAAGGCCAACUAGCUCUGCAAGCAUGGCCAGUGACUUUAGGAAAAGGAGGAAGAGCGAGCCAGCAGUGGGGCAGCCCAGGGGCCUGGGGGAUCAGAGUGCAAGCAGGACCAGCCCAGGUCGAGCAGACCUCCCGGGAUCAAGCGCUACCCUGACCAAGUCUUUCAUUGGGUCUUCUCCUUCUUCCCCCUCAAGAGCAAAAGGUGGGGAUGAUAGCAAAACAUGCCCACCCCUUUGCGGUUACUCAGGGCUCAACGGUAACCCCUCUGAGUUAGACUACUGUAACGCCUACAGACAGCACCUGGACAUCCCGCGGGACUCGCCGAGGGCCAUUUCUUUCAAGAAUGGCUGGCAAAUGGCCCGGCAGAAUGCAGAAGUCUGGAGUAGCACUGAAGAAACAGUAUCCCCCAAAAUCAAAUCCCGUAGCUGUGAUGACCUCCUAAAUGAUGACUGCGAUAGCUUCCCUGACCCAAAAAUCAAGUCAGAAAGCAUGGGCUCCCUGUUAUGUGAAGAAGAUGCCAAGGAGGCCUGUCCCCUACGCUGGGCAUCCCCCUACGUCCAGGAGGGCCGCGGUAAUGGCAGGUCGAGGCUGCGCCACAGGUCAGCUCAUGACACCCCGGGAUUCCUGAAAAUGUAUAAGAAAAUGCACCGCAUCAACCGUAAGGAUUUGAUGAACCCAGAGGUGAUCUGCUCCGUCAAGUCGAGGAUAAUGCAGUACGAAAAGGAGCAGCACAAGGGCCUGCUGCAGGGCUGGAGCCAGUCCUCAACGGAGGAGGUGCCCAGGGACAUGGUACCCACCCGCAUUUCUGAAUUUGAGAAGCUGAUCCAAAAGUCAAAGUCCAUGCCAAAUUUAGGAGAUGAAAUGCUGUCUCCGGUCACCCUAGAACCACAGCAAAAUGACCUAUAUCCCAAGAGACGAUUUUCCAUUGAGUCUUUGCUGGAGGAAGAAACUCAGAGCAGGCACCUUUCUCAGGUACAACGAAGCUACAAGCCUAAAACCCUGGUGCCCAUCCAUAUCGAAGUCACCAGCGAGGAGCAGCCGCGAGCCCACGUGGAGUUUUCUGACAGCGACCAAGACGGCGUCGUGUCCGACCACAGCGAUUACAUCCACGUGGAAGGAUCGUCCUUCUGCAGCGAGAGCGAUUUUGAUCACUUCUCUUUCACAUCCUCUGAAAGUUUUUACGGGUCCAGCCACCAUCACCACCACCAUCACCACCAUCACCGGCACCUCAUCAGCUCCUGCAAAGGCAGGUGCCCGGCAUCCUAUACUCGGUUUACCACGAUGUUAAAACAUGAAAGAGCGAAACAUGAAAGCCCUGAGGAGCCCCGAAGGCAAAACCUGGACCCUGGUCUUUCUAAACUUGCAUUUUUAGUCAGUCCCGUGCCUUUCCGGAGGAAAAAAAGUUCAACUCCCAAAAAACAGACUGAAAAGGCAAAAUGUAAAACGUCCGUGUUUGAGGCCCUGGACUCUGCCCUGAAAGACAUCUGUGACCAGAUCAAGGCUGAAAAGAGAAGAGGGAGCUUGCCAGACAACAGCAUAUUGCACCGUCUUAUCAGUGAACUAUUGCCAGAUAUUCCUGAAAGGAACUCAUCCCUUAAAGCUCUGAAAAGGAGCCCCAUGCACCAGCCUUUCCACCCACUGCCUCAAGAUGGUGCUAUUCACUGUCCGUUGUACCAGAACGAUUUGGGGAGAAUGCCUCCUAGUGCCUCUUUCCAGGAUGUAGACACCAUCACCAGCUACCACCACCAAGACCAGGAGUGUGCUCUGGGUCUCCAAGAUCACGAGUCCCCAAGAAGUUACUCAUCUUCCACUUUGACUGACUUGGGAAGAAGUGCACCAAGGGAAAGAAGAGGAACUCCAGAAAAAGAGAAAUUGCCUGCAAAAGCUGUUUACGAUUUUAAGGCUCAGACUUCUAAGGAGUUGUCAUUCAAGAAAGGUGAUACCGUCUACAUCCUCAGGAAAAUCGAUCAAAACUGGUAUGAGGGAGAGCAUCAUGGGAGAGUGGGCAUUUUCCCAAUCUCAUACGUAGAGAAACUCUUACCUCCUGAAAAAGCACAACCUGCAAGACCACCUCCCCCAGCCCAGCCUGGAGAAAUCGGAGAAGCUAUAGCCAAAUACAACUUCAAUGCUGACACAAACGUGGAACUCUCCCUGAGGAAGGGGGAUAGAAUUAUUCUUCUUAAAAGAGUUGAUCAAAACUGGUAUGAAGGUAAAAUUCCAGGAACCAACAGACAAGGCAUCUUCCCUGUUUCCUAUGUAGAAGUCAUCAAGAACGCAACCAAAGGUGCUGAAGAUUACCCUGACCCACCAAUACCCCACAGCUAUUCUAGUGACAGAAUCCACAGCCUAAGUUCAAAUAAGCCACAGCGUCCUGUAUUUACUCAUGAAAACAUUCAAGGUGGGGGGGAACCGUUUCAGGCUCUGUAUAACUAUACUCCUAGGAAUGAAGAUGAGCUGGAGCUCAGAGAAAGCGAUGUCAUUGACGUGAUGGAAAAGUGUGAUGACGGAUGGUUUGUGGGAACCUCAAGAAGAACCAAAUUCUUUGGUACUUUUCCCGGAAACUAUGUCAAGAGGCUGUGACUCACUGUCCCUCCUUAUUUAUGCCGCAUUUCAACAACACAUCUGCAUAAACUUGCCUGAACUCUCCCCACAGGCCUCCCGUUGUCAUGCCUUAGGGUUUCCAAUAGAAGUCACUCGCUGUCACCUUCUCCACCUGCCACCAACCCACCAGCAGAGUAGCUACUGCAGCUGAACUUCUGCAGCCGAGCCACAGGAAAUUGGCAGACUUGUUUCAGAUGGAGAAUGCAUACUCCUGCUUCCUGUUCGCAGCCUGGAAACGUCGAUAUGUGGGAUCAGAAAGAAAAUCAUUACACUUAAAAAGGUUUAAAUAUCUGAGGCCAGAAAGCAUUUCAAGGGGCAUUUCUGGUCCACCCUGGAAGAUGUUCUCCCCUCAGGCAACGGGAAGAUUGUUUAUUACUAAAUGCUGUGGUUUGCAUUUUCACAUUCUUAGCUUGGCGGUAUAUUUUCCUUUCACAAGUUUGCCUAGUGUUCUGGUUUACACGAUAUGACAACUGUACAUCGGCUAUCGUUUGCUUGCACUUAUAUGUUGUAAUAUGCACAGUGAUUACAAAAUCUAAAGCAAGAGUAGGAAAGUUAAUUUGGAUGAGUGUGAUUUUUUUUUUUUGAUUGAAUGUGAGUUUUCAAGUAGGAAUCUUUUCCUGCAGUUGUUUUGGGUUUUUUUUUUUUUUUUUUAUUUUUUAGAAGUGCAAACAGUAAGUGAAUAAGAGCCUUUGGUAAUAAUCAUGAGCCUAUAAGAGGUUUAGCUAGAUGACAAAAACAAUAUUGUGUUGUAAAGUUGCAUUGCUAUUUUAUAUUAAAAUGUAAUAAUCAGCAUCAUGAACAAUGAGCGCUUAGUGUUUUAUUUAUCUGAUAAAAUUUAAAUAAAAGCAGUGUUAGUGAGAGGUGCAAAGACUUAUGCUAACAUAGACACUUGAAAGUAUCUGUAAGCAAUAUUCAUAGAUAAGAUUUCACUGUGUGUACACAUAUACAUUUGAGAUUGUACAGAACAGACAAUCCACAUGCUAUAGUGUACAUUUUAUGGAAAUGUAAAAGAAUCCCAUAUAUUAUUUUCUAGAAAUAGAGUACUUCAGAAGCAUCACAAGUAGGUAGUACAGUUGGUUUUAAUAAGGAUCAUGAUCAAUACAGUUAUUUUUACUAUGAUAGUUAUUUUUCUUCUCUGGAACUCAGAAUCCUGGCUACAUCUGAGGACAGGAAUAUGUUGAGCCUGAUUUUCCUGGUGUGUGUAAAUAUUUCCUUGGAAUACAUAAGGCACUUUUUAGAGGCAAUGUUAAAUCAUUCAGUUUCUAUUUUCUGCCCUGCAGUAGAAAUAUGCAAAAUGAUAUUGGGACCUGAAAGAUUUGAUAUGGUUACCAGUGCCUGACUUACACAUACCCUGAGAACUAGCCUUGUAUAUCUUAUGACUUUGCAUAAGAACUAUUCAUAUUUGGAUCUCAGCACCUUCUAGAUCACACUUUAUAUGGCAAUUUCUUUCUGUGGCCAGUGGUUAACCUUUUCACAAUGUACGUAGUCUUUAGAAUUUUGUACAUGUGUUAGUCCUUCUUUUGUACAGACUAUUUAGUUGUUGAGAAAACAGGGGAUUUUCCUAAUUCAUUCUUUACCCUUCACGUAAACUAAGCAGACUAUCCUUUACCUGCCCCACAGACCACAGCACGCCUUGAUAGUGCAAUUCUGUAAGAUAGCGUUUAUGCAAAAGUUUAUGAACUUGAAAGAUCUUAGCAGCCAAACUGAAAUGUACAUAAAUACUGAUUACGGAGGAAUUUCAUUAAGAAGAUAAGGAAAUAUCUUUGGGUAGCCUACCUUGAUUACUAUCAAGUUCACAACUGGGUUUAUAUUUAAAAAGGUUUCGAUUCGGGUUUGAAAUUGAGUCAACUGCAUGCAGCUUUGCUGAUCAAUGAAUAAUUAUCUCUGAUGGCAUUUAUGAGAAAAGACUUCAAUAUCUGUUGCCUGUCAUAUUUAACAAGAAUUGCUGUUUCUACUCUGUAUCUGAUUUUAAAGAAAACUAUUUGUACCUGGCUUUCAGGUAAUUGACUUUGAAUUCUUACAAGCAAAGGUCAUUGUGUUUUUCUUGAAUAGACAGCUAAUAAAUUUUGCUUGGAAGUA